AUGGCAGAGUUAUCCCAAAAUGAAUAUAAUAUUAUCACUCAAUAUCCCUUAAGCGACUCUUUUAGUUCUGUGUGUCGUCUGCUAGAAGAGGCAGAGCACACCCGCCAAAUAUCCUCUGAUGGCACUCCCGAUGGCCUUGAUCAAACGCGUCAAGCGACGGUAUCUAAGCUCCUCGUCAUCCUAAUGGGCGAGAAGGCAGCUUUCAACCUUCACCCACGAACCGGCAGCAAAAAUGUUGCGUCAGAACUAUCAAGAUUAUUUACACGUGUUCAAGAGGGGAACUUCGUCUAUGAAGAAUACCACCGAGUAAUGCGCCUGAUUUUUGAGAAGGCACCAACUGCUGAUAUCUGGAAGGCCAUCUUAAUGGGAUGA